UCGACAAAUAACAAAUCACAGAUCGGAGAGAUCAUAUGCCUUUUGCAAGAUAUAUACAUGCAAAUGGUGGACGGCGGACAGCGUUGCUCGACGCCCAAUUGAGUGUUUUCGUAUGCCAUGGACGCCGCAGGUAGUGCUGCAGAUGUAGUCGUAGUUGUUGCCGCCCAUGGCCGCCCAGCCGCGCAGGAAAUAUUGGCAGCCAUGGAGGAGAGGAUGCACAAGACAACCGAGAGGAUCGAGAGCCAUGUCGCCAUGAUGCAGGCCAGGAUCCACAGGUUCCCUCGGGGCCUGCGCGGCAUCGGCGGCGAGGACGGCCGCUACAUUGUGCCGAGCGUCGUGGCCAUCGGCCCGUACCACCACGGCCUGCCGCACCUGCAAGAGAUGGAGGAGGUCAAGCACGCGGCCGCCCACCGCUUCUGCCGAGACGCCGGCCGCCCGACCGAGGAGGUGUACGAGAGGAUCCUCUCCCUCGCCGGCGACGCCCGCCACUGCUACGCCCCCGAGGACGGGGCCGUGGCGCGCCUGGGCGACGCCGAGCUCGCGGUCAUGCUGUUCCUGGACGGCUGCUUCCUGCUGCAGUACAUGGGCAAGAGUGACGACGAGCCCAUGUUCGCGGGCUGCAAUUUGUCGUCCGGCCAAGCCAUCCUCAAGGACAUGAUGCUGCUCGAGAACCAGAUCCCAUGGCUGGUGCUCGAUGCCCUCACCGAGUUCUUGCCCCUGGACGUGCGCCAGUUUGUCGCCGACGUAGGAGAGAAGUUCUUCCCCAAGGAGAAGGUUACAGGGUGGAUGUGGAUCAGAAGGUUUCAGAUGUUCCUGACGAAGCGCCGCCGCCGGUGCGUCCCUGCAAAGACAGAGUCUCGCGGCCAGAGCACCAUCAGCUACAGGCCGGCGCAUCUGCUCGGCCUCCUCCGGUUCAGCCAGUUACAGAGCAUGCCGGGCAACGAGCGCGCGUAUCAGGCGGGGAGCUCGUCGCUGCUGUCGAGCAGCGCGGUGGAGCUCGCGCAGAUCGGCGUCAAGCUGAGCGCGAGCCCGGCGACGUGGCUCGGGGACAUGAGCCUCGGGAAGAAGCUCGUGCUCGGCGAGCUCUGCCUGUCGCCGCUGUUCCUGAACGACGUCACCGCCUGCUGGCUCGUCAACAUGGCGGCGCUGGAGGCUCGCACCGCCUGGGACUCGGACGGCUUCGUCGUGAGCUCCUACCUGUCGGUGGUCGCCAUGCUCAUGGACCGGAAGGAGGACGUGCACGAGCUGCGGAGCAAGGGCGUGCUGCGCAGCCUCUUCAGCAACACGCAGACGCUGGCCUUCUUCAAGGGCCUCGGCCAGCACCUCCGCCUGGGCGGCCGCUACGUCGUCGUUCUGGAGCAGAUCGAGUCGUACAAGCGCAACCGGCCGGUGCGGAUCGCCGUCCACAGGUUCCUAUACAAGAACUACAAGAUCAUCGCCGCCGUCUUGUCCAUCGCCGGUGUGAUCAUCGGAAUCUUCAAGGCACUUCUUGCACUCAAGACAGGCUAGCCACUUUUAGCCUCAAUAAUCCUUGUUUCUUGUUACCUCCCAAUCGUCUCAGUUUUCCUUUGCCUCUCGACGACUCAACCGUGA